CUCUCCGUUCUCAUUGCCUCGUGGGAUUUCGCUUGGGUUUUGUAGCGCUGUUUCUCUCUCUCUCUCUCCCUCCCGCUAUUCUAUAUAGCUUUAAUAUAUUUUCAAAAUAGCUUCAUCAUGCAGCGAGCUCUUUCGUCUGCCUCCAGGGCUUCGGUCCUUUCCUCUGCCCCCACACGCGCGCCUGUGUCUCGAUUUCGUUCCGCUGGUUUGAGCCUUCAGCAGCAGAGAUUCGCCCAUAAGGAACUCAAAUUCGGCGUAGAAGGUCGUGCUGCACUCCUCAAGGGUAUUGACACUCUUGCAAAGGCUGUUUGCACAACACUCGGUCCCAAGGGAAGAAAUGUCUUGAUUGAGUCUUCCUACGGUUCCCCCAAGAUCACCAAGGACGGUGUCACUGUUGCGAAGGCAGUUACCCUUCAAGACAAGUUCGAGAAUUUGGGUGCUCGUCUGCUACAGGACGUCGCGUCGAAGACCAACGAGGUUGCCGGCGACGGAACUACCACCGCAACUGUCCUUGCUCGGGCUAUUUUCUCCGAAACUGUCAAGAAUGUUGCGGCAGGAUGCAACCCAAUGGACCUACGGAGGGGUAUCCAGGCUGCCGUUGAGGCUGUUGUUGAGUACCUCCAGGCGAACAAGAGGGAUAUCACCACAACGGAGGAGAUUGCCCAGGUUGCUACUAUUUCUGCCAAUGGCGAUACCCAUGUUGGCAAGCUGAUCUCCAACGCCAUGGAGAAAGUCGGAAAAGAAGGUGUGAUUACUGUGAAGGACGGAAAGACCAUCGAGGAUGAGCUGGAAGUCACUGAGGGCAUGCGAUUCGACCGCGGAUACGUCUCGCCUUACUUCAUCACCGAUACUAAGGCACAGAAAGUUGAGUUCGAGAAGCCCCUGAUUCUUCUUUCUGAGAAGAAAAUCUCCGCCGUCCAGGACAUCAUCCCCGCCCUUGAAGCCUCCACCACUCUGCGACGACCCCUCGUCAUCAUCGCUGAGGACAUUGAGGGUGAGGCUCUUGCUGUCUGCAUCCUCAACAAGCUCCGCGGCCAACUGCAGGUCGCCGCCGUCAAGGCUCCCGGCUUCGGCGACAACCGCAAGAGCAUCCUCGGCGACAUCGGCAUUCUCACCAAUGCUACCGUCUUCACCGACGAGCUCGAUAUGAAACUUGAGAAGGCUACUGCGGAUAUGCUCGGCUCCACUGGCUCCAUCACCAUCACUAAGGAAGACACCAUAAUCCUCAACGGCGAUGGCAGCAAGGAUUCCAUCGCGCAGCGCUGUGAACAGAUCCGUGGCGUCAUCGCCGACCCCACAACCUCCGACUACGAGAAGGAGAAACUCCAAGAACGCCUCGCCAAACUCUCCGGCGGUGUUGCUGUGAUCAAAGUUGGCGGUGCCUCUGAGGUUGAAGUAGGCGAAAAGAAGGACCGUGUUGUUGACGCCCUCAAUGCCACUCGCGCCGCUGUUGAGGAAGGUAUCCUCCCAGGUGGUGGCACCGCUCUCCUGAAAGCCGCGGCUAACGGCCUCGCGUCCGUGAAGCCGACCAACUUCGACCAGCAGCUUGGUGUCAGCAUCGUCAAGUCCGCCAUCACUCGCCCCGCACGCACCAUCGUGGAGAAUGCGGGGUUGGAAGGGAGUGUCAUUGUCGGCAAGCUGACCGAUGAGCACGCCAGCGACUUCAAUAGGGGCUUCGAUAGCGCCAAGGGCGAGUAUGUCGAUAUGAUUGCUUCUGGUAUUGUUGAUCCGCUCAAAGUUGUUCGUACCGCGCUUGUGGAUGCGAGCGGCGUCGCGUCGCUACUUGGUACCACUGAGGUGGCUAUUGUCGAGGCGCCAGAGGAGAAGGGCCCUGCUGGACCUCCUGGUGGUAUGGGCGGCAUGGGCGGCAUGGGCGGUGGAAUGUUCUAAAACAGAAACUGUUUUUAGUGCGCUCAUCCCAGGCUACUGCCUUGAGGUCAUCCAUCGAUGACAUGUUGACUUGACCAGUGUACAAAAAAGGAAGAAAAAUAUCCACAGCAGUCAGCUCUUCGGUGGCUAUACUUUUUAGCGAUUCAUUGUAUGAUUAUGUUUUAUGUGUGGCUUGCGUGUGUGUAUGUGUGUGUGUUGGUUGGGCCGGGAGGGGGAGUGGAGCCGCGGGGUGGAAAUCUUUAUCUCGCCUAUCGAUGUAUCUCCUUGCGUUUAUGCGUCUUGAUGAAGUGUUUUCAGUUGGUUUGCUUUCCCAUUUUUCAUAGUCGUUUUUCUCUCCUUCUCAUGUAAUUUUAUGUGUACCUGUCUUAUACUACUUUUAUUUGGUUUACUCCAGCUUUUAUUAGUAUCUUGUUUCCGCCCUUUUUUUUGUCCAUUUGGUCGUUUCCCCAAUUUCUCCCCUCUGUCUCGUCUAUCCUGUCUCCUCUCAUCAAGUCUUGAUCUACUCAGCACCGGCACGCAAGAACCAGAAUCCCCGAGCCCUUCGCCCCCCACCUCUCUUCCUCUCCUCUCUCCAUCCACCAAACACCAAAGACAGAGAGAGAGACAGAGCGAUACCUACAUAGAGAAACCUCUCCACUCCUCCUGCUCCCACAGUCGCUUCUUUCUGUAUAGUACCCUUGGGAUCUCGGAUAGACAAAUAUUAGCUAAAAAUGUGACUUCUGGAUUGACUUUUACUUUUUUUG